AUGGUCGAUAUCAGUUCUGUGGAUGCUUCUUUGUGGUGGGACUCAUUCGCUGUGCUCCUCACAGAGCUUGAGAAUUCGUCUCUGUCCUCAGAUCUCCCACCUAACUUGGUGAAGAAGUUGAAGGACAACCAUGCUUGGUUCGUAGACACACUUUCACGCUUCAAACCGCCCAAUCAGAGUUCCAAGGAAGCUCUGAAUUCAAAAACGCUGAAAAUUGGAUCUCACCAGCUCACUGUUCAGCCUCACCUGAGAGAUAAAGCGUUGCAGAUUAGCUCCAACCUGGCUGGAGUGAAAUCAUUUUGUCAUGCUGAUAGCCUCGAGGUGAUUUUCUAUUGCCAUUCAUUUCAGCUACUAGAUGAGGUUCAAUCAUACAUUUUUGUGGAAAGGUCAACCAAACAUAACAAUGCUGCUGCUGCUGAUUCCAUCUCUCCAGAGUUUCCUCACAUGGUCAACAUAUGUUCUGCCAUGCACCACUACAAACACAUGCUCUUCACAGCUCUGCUUUCAUGUCCUCAUUUGGGUCUUGGAUAG